CAUAGCUGCCUGAGGCCACUGCCCUAUUUAUCUGCUGUCACAGAAUUCAGACAUUCAUCAACUGCUACCAAAAAAUCACAUUUUUUCUUUGAAAGGUUAAAAAUGCAUCUUAUAUAGCUUUUGUAAACAAUGGCUAGGUUUAUUUACUUCUUGCUAGUCACAAUGCUUCCGUGCUUUGAAGGUCAAAUUUUCAAGGUCACUUGACAAUCCGUAAAACCAGUUUUUUCUCGGUGGAAAGGCUGGGGAGAGCUGGAGUGUCAACAAUCGCAGCUGCUGAGGGACAUGCUAGCCACAAAAUAUCUACUACAAUUGUACAGAAUAGCCUUAUAGUAGACACAUCUUGACGUUCUACAGAUGCGUCCGAUUUCCAACUAUAUUGAGUAAACUGACAACCCGCCAUGAUCACCACGAGAAGAAUAAAACUCAUGUUUUGUGCAGUCAUGUUCUUCGGCGUUUGGAUUUACUUGCAAGAACAGCAAGCAGUAGCGGAGCUCUCUAUGUCCAACCUGCUCAAACCAGAAACCAGUAAAGGUUUCAUUGAACGUGGCAGACGAUUCCAUCGCCGACUGGUGCCCCGUAAAAACAUCAGUGAAAUAAACCAUCGAUUGUCUCCGUUUCAAGUUCCUUCUAAUAAACCAAGAGGCAGUGGACUUUCAAGACCGUUAUCUCAUAAAGUUUACGCAGCAAAGGAAUACAGCCCGCAAACUCCAUCACUUUCGACUCAUCAACCGAACAAGAACAAUGGACGUCGUAGACCCAGGCGUCCAAGGGGUCGUAUUCACCAUGUUAAUAAAACGAAAAAAGACAAUCGUCGACUUUCUAAACUCUUUGUCCAACAUUCUGAAGGCUUGAGCAACUCCCCUAUGUUCACAACACAAAGCAAGAACAACAUAAUCAACAAUUAUAGCAAUGUGCUUGAAGAUGACGUUCUACAGACUGUAGGCAUACUUACUAAAAAGAAAAGCUACUUCUUCUCAGAUGAUGCUGUACGUACUGUCGCAGUGGAUCAUUUGAGCUUUGAAAAAGAGAGGCGUAAUCUUCCUGGUGUCACAGAAGAACUUUUGCUCGACAUGGCAAUGGACAGUCGUCUUCAUCGUACAACUGCAAAGGGCAAACGAACACAAGACCAAAUCCCUUUUAAUUUUGCACUACGAGGCUCACGCAGCAGUACCGUAUACAACCAGAGACUUGCUAAAGUUGCAGUCAAGCGCCAGGACAUGAACGACACAGACGAUAGACUCCAAGAGCAGUCGAAUAUUGUUCAAAAACAAAACACUCCGAUAACUAAGCAACAGGGGAGUGUAAGCAAAGAAUGGAUAGAGAGUAUGCGUAUAGCAAAGGUUCUUGUACAGAACGCAAACUUCAAAACAGACAGUCAACACAUUUCCAAAGUAGAUGUCGAAAAUUCAAGGAUUAGAGAUGUGUACAGUCAUUUUGUACCUAAAAGUCUACCACACAAUUCAAGGAACACGGAAAAAGAUAGUGAUGCCAUUAUGAACUUUUUAAUACAUGAUAUGAAAACAGCGAGAACUAAUAGUCAUAUGAAGAAGAUGGAACGGGAUAGACGCUCAUCCCCAAGGCUUCCGGUGACGACGUCUAACAGAAAAGAAACUGAACACUAUCAACUCCAUCCUGUUUCACUGAGGAAUCCGACUGAAGUUAUAUCGAGUGAUAGUCAUCAUGUUAAUUCACACGGACUCAAUGUAGAUGACGCGAAAGCAGACCUUCUGCAACUCAGAAACUAUUUACGGCAUAUUUCAGACAAGCGAGCCCAAUCCCCCAACAAUACGGUGACAAGUUUUGAAGACUUCUUCGAUAGAUUCUUCAAUGUUUCACGUAUUCAGAGAAUGCAACGUGUCACUAAGACGUAUUACGACCCAAGACGUCACGUGAUCAGAUUCUCAGACUAUGACAUCUUCAUGGAGCAGUGCGAGAAGAGCGACUUCACACUCCGUAACACUUCCCGCCCGUGUGACGUCGUGCGCUCCCCCAUCAAACACUACCGCACAUGCGCAGUGGUCGGCAACAGCGGGAUUCUGCUCAACAGCAGCUGCGGCUCGGAGAUUGACGCACACGACUUCGUCAUCCGGUCCAACCUCCCGCCGGUCCUCAACUUCAGGAAGGACGUUGGAAGCAAGACGAACUUGACGCUGAUAAACGGAAUCCGACUGAUUCAGGUUCAUGAGCAGCUAGAAUCGCCGGACCCGGCCGUCAGAGAAAAUAUGCGGGAGCUUUUAGGAGAAUCCCCCGGCAUGGUCUUCAGCUACGUACUCUACAUGUUUGGGUCUCAGGCAUUCGACAGAUUGCAGUUCAUCGACGAAGUCCUGAAACAAUACAACAUUUCAGUCAUAUUAGCUUUUCCACACGAGUCAUUGCUGAGGCGCUUUAGGGCGGGCCUGUUCGCCUGGCUCAGCGGUGGGAAAUGGUGGAAGACUCCGUCCACAGGUAUGAAUAACUUCGCCUUGGCGUCCACCUUCUGCGACAGGAUGUCUCUGUACGGCUACUAUCCCCUAAAAACGUACAACAACAGGACCGUCCCAUAUCACUACUACGACAGAAGGAAACCCAGCAAGAGACAUGAAUUUACCGAAGAGUUUGAAACUCUCCAGAGUCUUCACAAAAAACGGCUGGUGCGACACGUCGUUGGGACUUGCUCUUUAGUAUGACAUCCACAGUAUAAAUAGCAGUGAACAACCCGAUGUGUCAAUCUAUAAAUUCAUGAUCAAACCCAACGAGCUCGAGCGUCUUGUCUCUGUUGAAUGUUGUUUCAUUCAAAUAUACGGUUUGUAGGCGCUUUCUACCUAAGUGAAAUGAGAAAUAUGGUUUGGAUGUGUCUGUUUUUUGUCUAUGUGUGUUUCCACGCAUAUUUCCACACAUUAGGCACGGUGGAGGUGUAUUCUAAGGAAGUAAGGCUCUAGAACACUACUAGAAUAGAUUGUCAAACGUUCUCUCAUUUUCUGUCUUCAAUUUCCU